AAAAACGAGAUCGGGCUGUCGGAUCUCUCCAAGUAAUAGCAAUUCGCAGGCUUGCUUGACUCUGGAUUGGUUGAAAUAAGUAUUCGACAAUCGAAUGCUCGAUCGGCGAGCAGAGUUUUACCCUUGUCUGGGACAAAAGUUCUGCCUGCACGAAGAUAUCGAAGCGAAGGACGACGGAGUAAAGUGUAGAUUUUGAAUGGAGCGAAAUUUGCUGCAGUUUGUGUCCAUGGCGAGAAAGGUGUUUGACAAGGCGCCUGUUCUUCAUCAACAAGGCAGACGCGAGUUCCACUACUCGAAUGAUUACAUUCAUGCCCCGACGAUGUACAAUAUCACCGCCAUCAAAAAUCGCAAGUUGAAAUUUGGAGUGGCGGUCUUCGGAGGCGUGGCGGUUGGGAUCAUUGUCCCCAUGUAUGCAUACUGCCUUCAACAAAAUAGGGCCAAGGGGCCACAACCCGAACCCGAAGAGGAACCCGAAGAGGAUUGAUGAGCUGCGGAAGUCAUCCGACGCGACGGCUGUGUACAACGGCGGGCAUGGGUCGGUCUGGAUAGCCCUAAUUUAUAUCGACAAUAACUGCUGAAAUUAGAGGCAUUGAAGUCCCGAGUGUCGAAUUUUCCUGUGUUCUAAAGUCGUGACGGGGCAAAUAAGGAUUUCUUCCUCUCCCAUUAUCACGCAGCUGCACGGUGUAUGAGUCGUGCGUCCAGAAUUCAGAGCCCGCGUAGCAUCGCAGUCCCGAACGCUAGAGACGACCCAAGUAUGCAACUGCCAAAAGAUUCCUGGCAUACGAUACAAAUCGUUCAAUUCCAGCACACAGUUCAUGGAAAGAUAAUUGGUCGAUUCGAUUGCUACUACUGAAUGUUGGCUUAUGGUCUGACGUCAAUCUUCACCUUCACGUCAAUCUUCCUGCAUACGACGUAGUCUUGCGUUCUGCUCCAUCGAGAGUCCACAGAUCGCUUCCUCAAUGUACGCACUGCCAGAGCCUCGUCUGUC